AGCCCCCUUGGAGGCUGCUAGGCGGAAGUAGAUGUUGUGAAGAGAGCUAGGUGGCGCCGUGCGCACAUCCGGGAGAAGCGAAGAGAGCGGAAGUGGCGUUGAUCUGGCCGGAGCUUUUGGGUGAAAUUGUUAGGCGUGGAGAGGGAGUGAUGUCUUCCAGACUCGGUGCAGUACCCGCUACUCCGGGACCCACAUCCUUUAAGCAGCAGAGGAGGACGAGGAUCGUGGGAGCUAAGAACAAUUUGGAUGGAACUGGAGACGAUUAUCGUAAUAGCAGGACCCAGUGCUCCAUAAAGGAUAAUAGUUUCCAGUACACUAUCCCUCACGAUGACUCCUUAAGUGGUUCAUCAUCUGCCUCUUCAUGUGAACCAGAGAGUAAUUUUCCAACAUCUUUCCGAAAAUCUACCUACUGGAUGAAGAUGAGAAGGAUCAAGCCAGCUGCUGCUUCUCAUGUUGAAGGGUCAGGUGUAGUGUCAACCAAGGGAAAAAGGAAACCCAGGCAGGAAGAAGAUGAAGACUAUCGAGAAUUUCCUCAGAAGAAGCAUAAGCUUUAUGGGAGGAAGCAGCGACCUAAAACUCAGCCCAGUUCCAAAUCCCAGGCUCGUCGUGUUCGGAAGGAACCACCAGUUUAUGCAGCAGGCAGUUUGGAGGAGCAGUGGUACUUAGAAAUCGUGGAAAAAGGCAGUGUUUCCUGCCCUACCUGCCAGGCAGUGGGGAGGAAGACCAUAGAGGGUUUAAAGAAACAUAUGGAAAACUGCAAACAGGAAAUGUUUACUUGUCAUCAUUGUGGGAAACAACUUCGUUCAAUGGCAGGAAUGAAGUAUCAUGUCAUGGCAAACCAUAAUAGUUUGCCCAUUUUGAAAGCUGGAGAUGAAAUAGAUGAGCCAAGUGAAAGAGAACGGCUCCGAACUGUUCUAAAGAGACUGGGAAAGCUCAGGUGUAUGCGUGAGAGUUGCUCCAGUAGCUUUACCAGCAUCAUGGGAUAUCUGUACCAUGUCAGAAAAUGUGGCAAAGGGGCUGCAGAGCUGGAGAAGAUGACCCUGAAAUGUCACCAUUGUGGAAAACCGUAUAGAUCGAAGGCUGGACUUGCGUAUCACCUGAGGUCAGAGCAUGGGCCUAUCUCCUUCUUUCCAGAGUCAGGACAGCCAGAGUGCUUAAAGGAGAUGAGCCUGGAGUCUAAGAGUGGGGGCCGAGUUCAGAGACGUUCUGCCAAGAUAGCUGUAUACCACCUGCAGGAGCUGGCCUCUGCUGAAUUGGCCAAGGAAUGGCCUAAGAGGAAGGUGCUUCAGGAUCUGGUACCUGAUGAUCGGAAGUUAAAAUAUACUCGCCCUAGGCUACCUACUUUCAGCCCAGAAGUACUACACAAAUGGAAGUCAGAUAUCAAGAAGUAUCAUCGCAUUCAGUGUCCUAACCAGGUGGGUUGUGAGGCUGUCUACAGUAGUGUAUCCGGCCUUAAAGCUCAUCUGGGUUCUUGUACAUUGGGAAACUUUGUGGCUGGAAAAUACAAGUGUCUUCUGUGUCAGAAAGAAUUUGUGUCAGAGAGUGGUGUCAAGUAUCACAUCAACUCUGUCCAUGCUGAGGAUUGGUUUGUUGUAAACCCAACAACAACCAAAAGCUUUGAAAAGCUGAUGAAGAUAAAGCAGCGGCAGCAAGAAGAAGAAAAGCGGAGGCAGCAGCACAGGAGCAGAAGGUCUCUAAGACGGCAUCAGCAGCCUGGCAUUGAGCUUCCUGAGACAGAGCUGAGUCUUAGAAUAGGGAGGGAUCAGAGGAGGAAUAAUGAGGAACUGGUAGUGUCCUCCUGUAAGGAACCAGAGCAGGAGCCAGUGCCAACACCACUCCAGAAAGUAAAGCCCCCAAAGACUAAUCAUAAACGAGGAAGGAAAUAGGCAGUCAGCCUGAAAGUGCUCCUAGGAGAGCUGAUAUGAUGCUGUUGUCACGGGGACCUGUGCUGGGGGAACUGAGUCAUGGGGCUAUGUGAAAAUUCUUUCAGCUGUUUGUGUAAUCAGGCUGGGACUUUCUCAGCUUCUUCUCCUGUGUAAAUUUCACUGUCUUCCCUACUUAAUCACUUUUAUUCCCCUGUCACCUUUAAGUAGGUUUUCCUGCUAUUCCUCAUUGGAGUCCUCUUAUUUUUCCUCUUGUCUUGCCCAAAGAGUUCCCUCUUAAGGCGAACUAUAGGCCCCUCUUACCCUGUAUAAGACUAAGAAAUCUGUUUGGUUGUUGUUUCCUUUCUGGGGUAUAGAAUGUUCUUGGAAGAUCCAUCGAUUUAGUAGCCACUCCAUCAUCUAGCUUAUAAAACUAUUCCAAACUAAUUUUUUAAAACCAUAACUGAUUGAUCAUUUUUGUAUUUGUGAUAUAACAAGCCUAGAAGCUAGAACUGUUGUCACCCAUGUAAUAAAGUUCCUGUGUCUCCUUGGAGACAAACUUUAUGGAGGUUGUUUAUCCUUUCAAUAUGGUUUUAGGAUUGAAAGUAAGAAAAUGGGCUUAAGAUGAAUGAAAAAGCUAGAACCUCCCUACACUGGUUAUACUGAGAAAUGCUUUGCUUAUACCAAGUAGCAGUGACUAGACCCACAGACAUGAAAAACAAGUAACCUUAGUAAUAAUGUGUCCCAACAUUAAAUGACUGGAAAGGAAGAGUAGAAGUAGCAAUAAAUACUACCCCAACUUUCCUGAGGCCUCAUCUGUUGCUAUGAUUAGUACCCUCCUGAAGCUUACUUUUGUUCCCUUGGUUUUAAGGAUUGAGAAAUAUAUUGCCCCGAUGCUGUGACAUGGUCUAGUGCUGCUAAGCUCCUAAUUGGUAAUGCCACUAAGAUUGGAAACCAAGAUGCACAUUCCUUCUACCCUGGACUUUACCUCACUUGUUGGUAUACACUCUACUAAAUCCUCAUGCAUCCCUUUAGCAGCCAAUCUCUGUCUCUGAAUUUUCUGAGAAUGUUGUUCUUCUAUCUUUUAUAUAUGGAGUUCUAUCCUCUUUAUAUCCUGAGACCUUGACAUCAGGUGUAGAUAUUUAUCUGGAGCUGGAAAGAAAAAUUCCUUUUCUGUACCUCAUGCCUACCUGGUAAUGUGUAACGGAGCCGUUUCUCUUUGAGGGUGGCUUUCUCUGGAGGAUUGGUUAGAGCAGCAUUGUUGUCAUGUUUCUGGAUUCCUUUCCCCCUUUUCCAUAAAUAUUGGUCUUAUAUAUUCUUGUCUUUUUCGUGGCAUAUGCCAUAUAAAAAUUAACUCUAAUAUGGACAAAUACUACCUUUUCAAAUUCUGAAAGGCUAUUACCACUCUUUAAUUCUCUUUUCUCUGUUCUCCUCCAAAUAGCUUUAAAAUGCGGGCUAUUGUGAAGACCACUUGCAAACAAGGGAGCACUGAAACCUGAAUUGGAUACUGCCAGGAUAGGUAGCAAAGGACUUGGCAUAUCCACUCUGCAUUUUCAUUGGGAGUGCACCCUUAAAGCCCUUCCAAUAGAUGAGGGUUGUUAGGGAGGAGAAACGGAAGAAGCUAUGUUAAUUUCUGGUGAGUAAGACCUGGGGAAUGUUUGGCAAUGACGAAAUAAAUGACUCUCAG